CUCUGUGCAAGUCGCCCCCAGGACAACAAAUGAGCAGCAAAAUUAUUUUUACGAUUUUUACCUUCACAAGUGCAUCGGCCUUACAUUAUAUCGUCUCGCUGAUUUUUUCUGUGGUAGUGUGUAGUUCUGGCUGUUUCCAGGGACCUCCUCUUCCUAACAAACCAUUUAUAACCGUAUGGAACACACCUACGGAUCGAUGUGAACCAGAGUGGAACGUCUCUUUAGAUCUGAGUGCUUUUGACAUUGUGGUGAACAAAGAACAGAAGUGGUGUGGAGAAUACAUCGUUAUAUUCUACGACACACAACUUGGAUUGUAUCCGUAUUUUGACAGCAAUGGAAAAGCUUUCAACGGUGGUCUACCUCAGGUAGUGGACUUGUUAUUGUAGUAGAGUAACUCUAGGGUGUAGGGUCUGUAGGGUGUAGGGUUAUUUUUUUGGCUUGCAACUACGUGACAACGUGACAACGGAAAAUUUGAGAAAAAAAAAGAAAGAAAUGAAAGGUUAAGAUACAAGCGGUUGGAAACGUUUUUGUUAUUCGUCGACCAACGUGGCAGCCAUGAAGUCAGCUGCAAAUUUGCAGCAGCUAAAAUUGACAAUUCAUUAAUUUCACCAAAAGGAGAAGGAGAGGUUACUACGCACUAAGCUUUUCCCUUUGCAGCUCUACCACCUGGUUAGCUUAGUUGGGAGAGUAGCCUGCAGCUAUUGCAUGCAUAUUUUGGAAGGGCAAAAGCUGCUUGUCUUAUGUUCUUAUUGCUGUAGCCGCGAUCUUUGAUUUUAUGACAGAGGAAGAUUGGGGAGAGUAGAAAUAGUAUCCUUAGGGUAGGUGUUAUGGAACUUCUGCGAGCAAAAACAUUUGUGCGUGUGAAGAAAAUACCUUCACUGCAGGCUAUUGGGAGAGCAUUAGUCUGCCAACCGGGAGGUCGCGGGUUUAAACCACUCAGGGUCUUUAAAUAACUGAGAAGAAAGUGCUGCCCUUGUAAUUACAUCUGCAAACUGUUAGACUUUCUUGUCUUCUCAGAUUAGGACAAAAAACCAUAGGUCCAGUCUCACAACACUUUCAUUUAUUUGGUUCUUGUGGGAUGUAAAAGAACCCACACCACUGUUCGAAAAGAGUAAGGGGACGUAGACCCCGGUGGGGUGACCAACCUUACCUGGACUAGAUGGGUUAUCUGUAAGGAGAGAUCUUAAUAUAGCAAUUCCUUCUUUAGGAGUCGCAAUGGCUACCUGUAAAUAGUGUAACUAUAUGUAUGUGCCAACUUUAAGGUACACAAUGCCCAUUUUUUUCUUUUUAUGUGAUAGCUUGGAAAUCUUACAGCACACUUAAUAAAAGUAGAGCAAGAUGUAGCAAAUAUCAUUCCUGAUAAUGAAUUUCAAGGUAUUGGUGUGAUUGACUGGGAAUACUGGAGACCUGUGUUUGACAGAAACUGGGAUAAACUCUCCAUCUAUAGGUCUGUCAGAAUUUUGUUUUGUCUUUAAAUAGUUGAACACUUUGAUUGUUGAGCCUCUAUAUUGGGUAUUUCCAAACAAAUCAAAGUAGCAACAAUUGCUGUUGAUGGAGCAAAGAUCUUAGGGAUUAAAGCACUGAUCACAUUCCUAUUCCAAUCAAGACUGGUAAAAAAUCUGCCCAAAAAUUGUGCUGCAUGAUCCGAGUUUUUGCUUUGCUUAUUAAAACUGUUGCUUUCUUGAUUUUCUCGUUUCCAGCAUCGUUGUGGUUGCACUAAGCUCACUAGUAGCAUAAUUUACCAUGCAAAAUUUGUUCUUGAUAUUAUUGAAUAUUUCACCCCCAAAAAAGCUAAUUUGAUGGAAAACACAUGACAAAAUUGGCAUCCACAGGUACCCAUUCAGAGGCUCAUUAUGGGUAUUCUACAUUAGUAAUAUUAAUCUAAGAUAGGCUUGGUUGUGUUUCUCCUCAGUGAAGAAUUUCAAUUAUUGCAAUUUGUCCAAUUCACUUUAGCCAGAUUAUUUUUACAAAAUCAGAGAAGAUCAAGAUUAAUUUGAAUUUUUGGUGUUGGUGAGAUCUUGUUACUGCAGUUGUAAACUGAAGAACACCUAAUUCCAGGUUAUUGCCUGAGACCAACUAAGUGACUAAUUUAUAGUUAUGAAUGAUUGCAUUGGUAUAUCUAAAAUCAGAAUCAAUCAAUAAAAAUCAAACUCAUUCAUUCCAUCGAUCAAUUGAUUCAGUUGAAUGAAUUAAUGAAUGAGUGAAAAGAGAGAAAAUUAAUGACCAAAUUUGUCCUUGUUAAUUCUGGAGUUAAGUAUAAGUUGGCACUUAGAGAACUUAAGUGAUGCAAAAUGAUAAACAAAAUGGAUUAUUUUUCAAUUUAUAGGAACAAGUCUAUGGAACUGGUCAAACAGAGACACCCUUUGUGGCCAGAUAGUUUAGUUGAAGACAUAGCUAGAGUAGAGUUUGAAACAGCAGCCCGAGAAUUCAUGGAAGAAACUUUGCUGCUUGUUCAGAAACUUCGCCCAAAGUCCUUGUGGGGAUUUUAUGGAUUUCCAAAUUGUUACAAUGACAAAGAUGCUGACAAUUGCAGUCAAGUCACCAUGAAGUACAAUGAUCAAAUUUCUUGGUUGUUUGAGUGGAGUUCAGUCCUGUUUCCAUCAAUAUAUCUUCAUGACAAGGCAAAACUGAAUAGCACAUUGUUUGUAAAGUACAGGCUUCUGGAAAGCUUUAGAUUCGCUAAGAAGUUGGAUGGAAGCCCCAUUCCUGUGUUCCCGUAUGUUCGAAUAACAUAUGCAGUAUCUCAGGUGUACCUCAAUGUGGUAAGUCAAUUAAUGUUUAUCCUCAGCAGUAUUUUUAUAUGAGCACUAGUGCUUAGCGAGGUUAGGUAAAUGCCUGAAACAAAUAAUUUAAAUCAAACAUGAUGGUGUUAAGACCCCAACUUGCCUAAGGCAAACCAGCUGGCUACAUUGUAUUUACAAGCAUAGUUGAGGAUUGAACUCAGGACAACCAACAGGUUGGGAUUCACACCAGUUUCCACCCUUUUACGGAAAUCGGUCAGAUUUUUCAUAAUAAAUAUGUUUUUAACAAUAAUAGAACUUUUCAAGUUGAAAUCUGGAAAAUGGUCUGGACAAAAAAAUGUUCUCUUUUUCCAAUUUCUGAAUAUUAGAUGUGCCCUCCAUAGAUCUGAAACCUGGGAAAGAGAACUUCCAAAAUAAAUUCCCAGAGUUAAAUUCCCCCGGGCUCCCCUAGAAGCUUGCUUCCUCUGCCCCUCAUUCAUAGAAAAUCGCUCAGUAUUGAUCCCAGAUCCUUGCCUGACCAAUUAGGAACAAAUCCAGCUAGUGGUCAUGGAGGGAUUUGAAUGUGGGGCCUCUGAAUUGCAAGUCCAGCGAUUUAACCACUUGGUCAGGGUGUCUCCUAAUUAAUUGUGAAGAACUAGGGAAAUUUUACACCAGAAAGCCCACAACAAAUUUCGAGAGCCUCCAGGUGAAAAUUAGACCGCAAGUGGUUGUCCUUCUUUCCUCAGAGCCACCAAUGGUGAGCGAAAAGCUAAAAUAAUGUCCUCACAUUCUGCAGUGUCUCAAAAGAAAAACAUCAAGAGACUGCUCGCCGUCUACAUGUAGGUGAAAAGUUGCAUGACCCUUCAAGUGCUAAAUUGGAGCCUUUAACUACUGAGCUACACUGUGCGUAUACUGGAGUCUCUGGGCCUAUCAUGCCUUCUUAGGAUUUGCUGUAUGGGUACCCAGAUUAAAACCAUAAUUAUGAUAAAUUCUCUUUGAUUGUGAGUUUUAGCAGGACUUGUUUGGCCAAGAUGGUUAGAUGUUGGCUUCAAUUUUUUUUCUUUGUGCUUGUUUUUAUUGGCCUUGAUGACAUAUUUUAAAAAAAACUUGGCCUGUAUCCAGGCCUUGGCCAAUAUUGCAUAAUUAUGUGCAUGUGUCAGUAUUGCUUCAUGCUUAUAAAGUCCAUUUUGUAAAUGCAUGUAUAAAAUAAUGUUAAAAAAAUAAUGUUCAUGGCUCAAGGAUCAAUGUAGAAAGUUGCUGCACUACAUUGUCUUGUGGACCAGCAGUUUUUUCCCAUACAAACCAUUACAAUCUUAGUCUUUUGUGCAAAUCACCUAGUCAAAAUUGGCUUUCAAGCCAUAAUAUUAAUUUUUUUUUGCAUGACAUUGUCUGUGAAUUGCAAACGGCCUACUCCCAGCAGCCAAGUUGCUUGCUCCACCUCCUCCCUCCUUCCAAAAGACACCCUCUCCACCACUUUCAAGGUAUGGCAUUCUUAUUGUUGUUAUCUAUUUGACAGGCUGAUAUAAUGUCAACAAUACUACAAUCUGCAGAACAAGGAACAGCUGGGGUGGUAAUCUGGGGAGACCACCAUUCUGAGGCCACCAAACCUGACUGCAUUGAAAUAAAGAACUACAUUGACAAUUUUCUGGGACCUCUUGUUAAAAGCAUCACCACCAUAGCGCAGAAUUGCAGUCAGGAGUUUUGCAAUUUACAUGGAAGGUGCAAAUUUCAGUUAAAUCCUGAUUUAUAUUACAAAGCGUCAAGUCUUGAGGUUAACCUAGAUUUUUUAUCUGAUCAAUGGAAAUUUUUGAGCUGUCGUUGCUAUAGUGGAUGGAGUGGAGAAGACUGCAGGCAUCACCUUUAAGUGUAAACAAAUACC